CAUCGGCAGACAUCAAGGAGAUCGCAUUUCGUUAGCAAGAAACAUGUUCGAUUCAGUGCCAAUCAUGCGGUGUCUAUUCAUGCUCCAGAUUCUAAUCGCUGUGGUGCAGCCCAAUCUCGAAGCUCGGCAACGGCUAUUUAACGUCAAAGGGGUGUACACCCUACAGGAACAUUUACACAACCACGAGAUCGUAAUACCACGGAAAGUGAAUCACCGAGGAGAUUUUAUCUCGGAAAAUGUUACGCAUCAUCAUCACGAAGACGGACCAGUCGUUCAUUAUCAAAUGGCUGUGGCCGGAAACGAGUACCACCUCGAGCUGACGGCAGUCGACAACUUCAUCGGCCGCGCGAUGGUCGUGGAAAGACGGAAGCGGGAUCUGCACGUCCGCAGUCCAGCGAAAAGUCAUGGUAGCAAAUGUCAUUAUCGAGGAUUCAUUAAGGGCCAUCGGAAUUCCCGCGUCGCUCUGUCCGCUUGCGACGGUCUGGCAGGUAUGCUGCACGGCGAUCACGGCGAGUUCUGGCUGGAACCAGUCGCCGUGUCCCUGGAAGAAAAACGCGGCACAUCGUCGGCCGACGAAGCGACGAGCGGCGACUUAGGCGCCGGUGCCCGCACAUCGCACGUGAAAUAUCCGACAGAACCGCGUCGAUUGACAGAAACGCGGCUCGAAUGGCAAACUCAACCAGGCCUCGUCCAAGUUCAAGGCCGUGGGCGAAGGAAACAUUAUCAAGCGAAGCGGUGGCAUCGUUCCAAAAGAUCGAUCAGUACACCGCGUCAUGUCGAGGCUCUUGUCGUCGCUGACACGACGAUGAUGGCUUUUCACCAGGAUGGCGAUGUGGAAAUCUAUCUCCUAACUAUUAUGAACAUGGUGUCCGCGCUUUACCUUGAUCCAACCAUCGGCAAUUUCAUCAACAUUGUGGUGGUCAGAAUUAUUCUCCUCGAAGAAGAAGACCCGGAGCAAAGACUGGACAUCACGGUGAACGCGGAUAAGACCUUAUACAAUUUCUGCAAAUGGCAGCAGAAACUAAAUCCGAGCAAUGAUUCGCACCCGAAUCAUCACGACGUGGCGAUCCUGGUGACGAGAGAGGACAUUUGUUCACGUGCGAAUACUCCUUGCAGUACAUUGGGAGUGGCUCACGUCGCUGGCAUGUGUCAACCGGAUCGCAGCUGCAGCGUCAACGAGGACAAUGGAAUCACGUUGGCGCAUACAAUCACACACGAAUUGGGGCAUAACUUUGGAAUGUACCAUGACACGGAAAAAAUUGGCUGCAGUAAACGUGAAGGUGACACUCUGCAUGUGAUGACGCCGACCUUUGAAGUGGAUGCUGUUGGAGUGGCGUGGUCUAGAUGCUCUAGAAGAGACAUCACGAAUUUUUUGGACCAAGGAAAAGGCGAUUGUUUGGAAGACGAACCGGCGGAUAACGAUUACGCAUAUCCGGAUUUGCCACCCGGUGCAAUGUAUAAUGCUGAGCACCAAUGCAGACUCCAGUUUGGCGUGAGAGAAGCUUUUGUCUGCUCCCCUUUACAGGAAAUCUGCUCGAAACUAUGGUGCAUCGUGGACGGCUCCUGCACUACUAUGCUACAUCCGGCAGCUCCAGGAACAAAUUGUGGAAAACAUAUGUGGUGUCAAAAUCAGGAAUGCGUGCCCAUCGUCGAUCGACCGCGGCAAAUCGACGGCGGUUGGGGUGAGUGGGGGUCAUGGAGCGAGUGCUCGAGAACUUGCGGCGCCGGGGUCUCGAUUGUCGAGAGGAAGUGCGAUCAUCCGGAGCCCGCAUACGGCGGAAAGUUCUGCAUAGGUGAGAGACGCCGCUAUAAAAUAUGUAACACGCAACCUUGUCCGGAAGGCACGCCGAGUUUCCGCGCCGUGCAAUGCAGCAACUACGACGACAAAGAGUAUAAGGGAAAGAACUAUACUUGGCUGCCAUAUUUUGAUCAAACGGAACCUUGCGAGCUUUAUUGCACCGAUACAGAUGAAAGCGUAAUCGUACCUUGGGGAGAGGCUGCUCUCGAUGGUACUCCAUGCAACGUUGGUACCAGGGACAUGUGCAUCGCUGGCAUAUGCAGGAAAGUCGGUUGUGAUUGGACGGUGGAUUCCGAUGCUACGGAAGACCGCUGCGGUAUUUGUCACGGUGACGGUACUCAAUGCGAGACUACUAAUGGCGUUUACGACAAAAACGAAGGUCCCGGAUAUAAGGAAGUCAUUAUCAUACCUUCCGGCUCUCGAAAUAUUAAAAUCGAGGAGGUCGGGAAUAGUAAGAAUUAUAUUGGCAUUGGCGUGCCGAAUUCUGACAAGUAUUUCCUGAAUGGAAAACGGCAGAUCACUUUAGCGGGCGAGUAUGAAGUCGCCGGGACGCCAGCUCUCUACGAACGUGAUCGAGACAGAGAGAAGAUCAGAAUCCCAGGACCUAUUAAAGAGGAUAUCGCAGUCUAUUUAAUUUACAGAGGUCAAUAUCGUAAUUUCGGAUUACGUUAUGAAUAUACCGUACCGAAAAAAGAGCCUGAUCGCGCCCCGGAAUAUUCGUGGGUAUUCUCCGAUUGGACCCUCUGCACAGUCACUUGCGGUGGCGGCACUCAAACUUCACAUGCGGUCUGUCACGAAAGAAAAAGCGGCAUCGUCGAGGACCUCUUCUGCGACGGUAUAGAAAAGCCAGAGCAGAAGUCGCGUGAAUGCAAUUCGAAUCCAUGCCCAGCGAGAUGGUGGGUAGGUCCAUGGCAAAUGUGCCCUGUCACAUGUGGUGAUGGUGCACUACGCAAGAGAUCGGUGAUGUGUGUGUUCUCUGGCAUGGGUACUGAUCGAUCAGACCUGGCUUUGCCCGAUCGCGACUGCGACAAGCAUAUGCGGCCCGAAGAAAUGGAGCCGUGCCCUGAUCUACCGCCGUGUGGGCCCACUUCGGAGGUACCGUUGAUCGUGUAUGCCGACAACAAGGACAUGUCAUUCUACAACAUCAGCCUGAACGAGCAGGACGGUAUUACGAUAGUCGACGGCCUCACCACCGAGGAACCAGAGAUCCUCGAGUUCGACAAUGUUGUUGACGAGAACCCAGACAAUUCCAUGUACAACACCAAGUCAAAGUGGACAGUAUCGAAGUGGAGCCAUUGUUCGAAUGGUAAGAGGAGUAGAAAGGUCACCUGCUCCGUUCCAGGCGAUUGUAAUCCGAAUAACAAGCCGCCCAGUAUUGAGGACUGCUACAGUGGAAAAUGGAUUACCGGAAAUUGGGGAAGUUGCAACGCGACUUGCCUCGUGAAGUCUGGAGUUAAACACAGAGAAGUACAGUGCCGUGAUCGCGCGUCGGACUUGUUGUCAAACGAUUGCAAUCUCGACAGAAGACCAUUUGAUAUAAAGCGUUGUUAUUACCGACGGCAAUGUGCCAACGAGAAAAAUGAUUGCAAGGAUAGGGUGGUUCCAUCGUGUGCAAACUACAGACGCAUGUGUGAUGUAUCAUCGAUCGUACGAGAAAAGUGUUGCGCCACGUGCACAAAACGACGGCGACACGUUCGUCACAACAGACGGCACAUCUUUACCGAAUAAUUAAAUAAAGAGUUAACAAGCUGAGAGUGCAAAAGUAUUUUGAAAAUAAAUCCUUUCAGCGGACAAUACAUCCGUCCUAUUUCUCCACGUUAUUUGAAUUAAGAUAAAAGCGUAGUGGAAAACUUUUGCUUGUUUUGUACGUGAUAAUGAAAAGAUGGAAAAACGUAUGACAGAGGUGAUAUUACGAGAUUAUAUUUGUAUAACUUUGUACUACCGCGUUUAUAUAUAUAUGUAUAUUUUGUAUCAAGAGUAUAUUUUGUAACCGUAGCGUCAUUUAUAUGUGUGUAUCACUUUAUCGAUCUACUUUAUAUUUGUUAAGAUAAUAAUUGCAAAACAUUGCAA